AUGCUCCCCGCCAACGCCGCCGCCGGGAAGGGGCCGGAGGGCAGGUACCCGCUGCACUACCUGGUGUGGCACAACCGCCACCGCGAGCUGGAGGGGGAGCUCCGCGCCGGCCAGGUGGACAUCGAGCAACUGGACCCCCGUGGGCGGACUCCGCUGCACCUGGCCACCACGCUGGGGCACCUCGAGUGUGCCCGUGUGCUGCUGACACACGGGGCAGAUGUGGGCAGGGAGAACCGCAGCGGCUGGACAGUGCUCCAGGAGGCUGUGAGCACGCGGGACCUGGAGCUGGUGCAGCUGGUGCUGCGGUACCGGGACUACCAGCGGGUGGUGAAGCGGCUGGCGGGCAUCCCCGUGCUCCUGGAGAAGCUCCGCAAGGCCCAGGACUUCUAUGUGGAGAUGAAGUGGGAGUUCACGAGCUGGGUGCCCCUGGUGUCCAAGAUCUGCCCCAGCGACACCUACCGAGUGUGGAAGAGCGGGCAGAACCUGCGGGUGGACACCACCCUGCUGGGCUUCGACCACAUGACGUGGCAGCGAGGGAACCGCAGCUUCGUCUUCAGGGGCCAAGACACCAGCGCCGUGGUCAUGGAGAUCGACCACGACCGCCGGGUGGUGUACACGGAGACGCUGGCGCUGGCCGGGCAGGACCGCGAGCUGCUGCUGGCUGCCGUCCAGCCCACGGAGGAGCAGGUGCUGAGCCGGCUGGCGGCGCCCGUGGUCACCACGCAGCUCGACACCAAGAACAUCUCCUUUGAGAGGAACAAGACGGGCAUCCUGGGCUGGCGCAGCGAGAAGACGGAGAUGGUGAACGGGUACGAGGCCAAGGUGUACGGGGCAUCCAAUGUGGAACUCAUCACCCGGACACGGACAGAGCAUCUUUCAGAACAGCACAAGGGCAAGGUCAAAGGUUGCAAGACACCACUGCAGUCCUUCCUGGGAAUUGCCGAGCAGCACGGGGGCCCCCAAAACGGGACCCUCAUCACCCAGACUCUGAGCCGAGCCAACCCCACUGCCAUCACCGCGGAAGAGUACUUCAACCCCAACUUCGAGCUUGGCAACCGUGACAUGGGCCGCCCCAUGGAACUGACCACCAAGACACAGAAGUUCAAGGCCAAGCUGUGGCUUUGUGAGGAGCACCCCCUGUCCCUGUGUGAGCAGGUAGCUCCCAUCAUCGACCUCAUGGCUGUGAGCAACGCGCUUUUCGCCAAGCUCCGGGAUUUCAUUACCCUGCGCCUGCCUCCCGGCUUCCCGGUCAAGAUCGAAAUCCCCAUCUUCCACAUCCUCAACGCCCGCAUCACCUUCGGGAACCUCAACGGCUGCGACGAGCCCGUGCCUUCCGUGCGGGGCAGCCCCGGCAGCGAGACCCCUUCCCCCGGCAGCGACUCCUCCAGCGUCAGCAGCUCCAGUUCCACAACCUCCUGCCGUGGAUGCGAGAUCUCUCCCGCCCUGUUCGAGGCCCCGCGAGGCUACAGCGUGCUGGGGGGCCAGCGGGAGGCAGUGAGCCAUGAGGACGACGACGACCUCCUGCAGUUCGCCAUCCAGCAGAGCCUGCUUGAGGCAGGCAGUGAGUACGACCAGGUCACCAUCUGGGAGGCGCUGACCAACAGCAAGCCGGGCACUCACCCCGUGUCCGGCGAGGGCCGCCGACAGGACAGGAGCGACCCGCCCACCCCGCAGCACCAGCCCGCCACCCCCACGGCGGCGCCCGGCCCCCGGCCCGGCCCCGGCUGCCGCGUGUUCCCGAGCUACGACGAGCAGCUGCGGCUGGCCAUGGAGCUGUCGGCGCGGGAGCAGGAGGAGCGGCGGCGCCGGGCGCGCCAGGAGGAGGAGGAGCUGGAGCGGAUCCUGAGGCUCUCGCUGACCGAGCAGUAG